CAGCAAUCACACGUAGCUACAGGGUAUAAGGAGAAGGGAAACAAAUCUGCAAAACCCUAAUUCCUUCAUUCCUGUCUUUAAUGGCGUCCCAAGGUAAAAGAGGUGGAGUAUGGCUUCCUGACAGGCCCAGCGAUUCCAGCUCCGUGCUCAACAAGAUCUCUCGCUCCUCUAUCGUUGUCCGUGGUAAGGAGGCCGCCGGCGACGCUGCCUUUGUGGCGAAGAAGCUCCUCCGAAGCACCGGCAAGGCGGCCUGGAUCGCCGGCACCACCUUUCUUGUCCUCGUCGUCCCUCUCAUCGUGGAGAUGGACCGCGAGCAGCAGUUCAACGACAUUGAGCUCCAACAGGCCAGCCUCCUUGGCACCCCUGCCCUCAAAUAAAAACAAGGUUUUCUCAGAUCCGGUACCUUCCAUUUGAAACCUGCAUGUCUGCAUGCACUCCUGCUUCUAGGGUUUCCGCUCCCAAUAACUUUACCUUCCUAGAUUUUGAUAAAAAGAAACACUCUCUGUGAGAAAUUUUGGUGUAUUCUUAGGAUUGAUACUGUCAUUACUUUGUCUGUGAUGAACUUGAGAAGAACUUUGAAUAGAGUGAUAGUUGGGUUACCAUUGCAUUUUAUAGGUUUAGUCUUACACUAGUUUCCGUGUUGAAGAUCAAAUUUAGUUACUGUUCUUAUAUUUUAUUUGAGUAUUGUUUUUGAAACAAAGUUUAUGUAGCUUAUGAUUGUUGUGGUUGUUAUCGUACUUUUUGCAACUUGAUGAGAACCCAAGUUAUUCAGUUGAUUGUUGGGUGCUGUUAAAUUUUUUCACAAAGAAACAUAAAACAAAGGGUUGGGUUGAGUCAAAUCAAUUACUUGAAAUUAUGAUAAUUUGUAAACGGAUGGUCGAUACUAUAAUUACUUACUGAAUGGUGAUGGUUUAAUUUGACCCACCCUGUGUCUGUGUCUGUUUCUGUGCCUGAACAUGGUAUAAUCUUUGGUGGCUUCUUAGCUUCUUGGUGAGUUCCUCCGAUAUGCAAAAACACCCUAGUUUUGGAUCUAGCUUUAAGUAACCUUGGUUUACUCUCAGACAAGGUGGUUCUACCUUUUCUUGGAUGGGGUGGUUCUGUUUUUAUGGUCUGGUUGAACACAAGCUAGAAGUGCAUCUGAAAGUUUCUCCAUUGGAAAUACAGAGUUUUUUUCCGAGUAGAGAAGUUUUUUCUCAAAAGCAUGUCUAAACACGUCCUUGGUAUUUUGUGUUUUUUGACAUAAUCCUAAUUAGAGUUUCAUUCAUGAUGUCCUGUCAAAGUUUAAACUGCUUCCUCUGAUUCAAACAAGCUAUGUCAUCUUCUACUGUUCUAUAACUUCAUUCCUCUCUUUAGGCUCGGUGCUACCCAAACCCAUUGUCUUUUUGUUAUCUG